UCAUUACAAGUAGAACUGCUGAGGUUUUAAGUUACUGAUACAUGAAGUAAGAAGAAGAAGCAAGUGCUGAAACUGAGAAUGGAAAAGCUGAAACCAGGAUGAGAAAUCUCUAUCUCUCGCUCCAUGUUUUGUGUGGGUGUGUAAUAGUGAAUUUAGAGUUCAUCUCUGAGAGAAGAAGAAGAAUGGGGGGUUGGGUUGGAGGAGGUUUUGACGGGAUAUGAAGCCUCCAUUGCUAUGCCACAAAGCCCUGUCUUGUCUGAGAUGCCUCUCUGCAUCCUGAUGAAGCCUUUCUCGCCCCAUUCAGCGCCCCACGAGUUCUUCACGAUCCAGUACUUGGUUCCAUCGACGGUGAUUCCGUACCCUACAGCUGCAACUCCAUGGUUCAGCUCUGUUCCACAGCUUCCAGUGAACACACCCUGCAAUUUGGGAAAAGAUUCAGGGGUUGUCAGGAUUUGAAGAGCUCCGGAGGGUUUUUGUCCAGAGAGAGUCAGAAAGAAAAGACAUAGAAUGAAUGGUUGAAUACCUCUGAGUAGAAUUGGAAAUCUGGGCUCCCAGCAUCAAUGGCUACAGAUACAGGCUGGUUUGCAACGGCUUUCAGCAGUGCAUCUUCGUUGUUCUUUGGGACGUUCUCGUGUCCGUCAAUCGACACAACUGGUGCAUCCUCCUGCAGCAGCAACAACAACACAAGGGAAAGUAUAAAGUGUAACAGCACCUUUCUUCCUCCAAUCAACAGACGGCGGCACCCUCCUGACGUUCUCGUACAUGAACGUCCCGUUCCCACGCGGUGCUCCCCGGAACAUGACGUGGUGGUGGACCUUGGAGUUAGCAUAAGCGUUCUUGAACUCGUGGCUCGUCAUGUCGGAGAACUUGUUCAGCUUCAGCUUGUAAGGCUUGUCCAUCUUGUUGGUCUCGUGAACGUGCAUGACAUUCUGCUUGAACACAUUGAACCGCUUGUGCUUAUCGUCGAGGCUCGUGGAGACGGUGUGAUGGCUCCUCCACCUCUCGUACAGAUCCCACAAGCUCUCCUCGGAUGCCAGCUCGUGCUCGUGGUAGUCGAAACAGUUUGCCACGCCGAGGACCAGAGCCAACGACAGAGCAACCAACAGAGAUUUCUC